AUGGAGAGCGAUCUACAGAUGAUACUCGAGUAUAUGGAGGGAGGUGAUCUGCGUCGAUUUUUGUCCAGUCCAACGACCCCAACUGGGUGGACACACCACAAGUUUGCGGUCGCUAUCAGCAUCACCGAAGCACUCGUGUAUUUACACUCGUUCGUACCGCCAUUACUUCAUCGCGACCUCAAGUCGAAAAACGUGCUACUUUCUUCAAGAUUCAAGGCAAAACUUAGUGACUUUGGCAAGUCUCGCUUUAGAUCGGAAGACAACACGAUGUCAGGCGGUGUUGGCACCAGUCGAUGGUUAGCACCCGAAGUAAUUCGGGGAGAUACCGACUACGAUCGCGCAGCUGACAUCUAUAGUUUUGGGGUCUUGUUGACGGAGUUGGACACGAACAGGAUUCCGUACAGCAACACUCGUGGGCCCAAUGGAAAGGUCUUGACAGAUACAACAAUCAUGCAUCGAGUCGCGACAGGCUCACUGUAUCCAAAGCUUCGCCACACGAGUGAACAAGCACUGAAAGCAUUAGUGAAGCGAUGUGUUGCUAGAAACCCAGACAGACGACCGACGGCUUCUGAAGUUGCAACCGAGUUGCGAGUAAUUCAACAGGAUAUGGCAGCUUCUCUCUCCAAACGAGCGCCAUGGACGACGGAUUUUAUCGGAGGCUAG